AUGACUUCGAAAAUCCAUCUUGUCCGCCAUGCGGAAUCUGUUCACAAUGUUUCUAAAGACUUCUCUCGUCUUGAUCCCUGUUUGACACUACUCGGUCUUCAACAAGCUACGCAGCUGACCCAAACGUUCCCUCAUGCUUCACAUGUGGGCAUCAUCCUCUCCUCUCCACUACGGCGUACCAUUCAAACAACUCUCGCUGCCUUCCAACACGUCCUCGAUAAACGCUACUUCGAUCCAGACUCUGGGCAUGGUAUAGAGAAUGGCGCGACCCUGAUUUUGGACCCAGAUUUGCAGGAACGAAGCGCGCUUCCAUGCGACACUGGAUCCACAUCUCAGGCCCUGGAAGCGGCUUUUCCGAGACUAGACUUCAAAGAUUUAGCGGAAGGCUGGCAAGUGAAAGAGGGUCUUUAUGCCCCAGAAGAUGAAGCAGUGAACGAGCGGGCGAAGAGAGUGAGAUCUCGCGUGGCAGAACUCUCUGAUUAUUUGAAGAAUCAAGAAAGGAAGCAUGUUGUGAUUGUGACGCAUGGAAUUUUUAUGAAAUUCCUAUCUGGAGAUGAAGACAUUGAUCUACCAAAAGCAGGCUGGGCGAGUUAUACUCUUGAAAAGCAUAGCUCUGGUAUCGUUAUGCGUGAAAUAUAA